AUGGUUGAAUGCUUCGAUGUGCAAUCAACUUCCCGCAUCCCCGCUACCCCUGGUGCCGACCUAGGGCCGAAGCGAGAGGAUGAGGAAGGAGGGGAGUGGCCGGUGAGGGAGGCCAUCGGCAGCAUGAUGUGGGUGUCGACUUUCUCGCGUCCAGACGUCUCGUUCGCCGUGCGUGCGAUCCUCGGCUACCUGAAAGGGACGAGGGACCUCGGCAUCACCUACCAACGGGGAUCGAGGUUAGGGCUUGCUGUGUACGUAGACGCUAGCUACGCCGACACUGAGGAUAGGCGUUCGGUGUCAGGGUUGGCGACGACGGUUGGAGGUACCGUAGUCAGCCAUGGUAGCAAGACGCAGAGCAUCGUGUCUUUGUCUUCGACGGAAGCCGAGUACAUUGCUGCCGGGGAGGGCGUCAAGGAGGCGUUGUUUGUGCGUGCUGUGCUUUCGUUUGUUGCCCCAGAGACCAGUGGUAGCAGCAUCCGGGUCCUUGAGGACAACCAGGGGGCCAUAGCGUUGGUGCAGCACCCCCACAGCUCAGGUCGCACGAAACGCAUCGACGUGAGAUUCCAUUUCAUCCGCGGAUUGUUUAGGUCGGGCGAUAUUUCGGUCAAGUUGGUCCCGACAACGGAGCAACACGCGGACCUCCUUACCAAGGCCCUUAGCAGGGUCAGUCUGCAGUACCACCGGCG